CACAUCAAACAUGAGCAAGUCAAUCAGUGACGAAAGGAAAUUGUUGAUGAAAACCAUGUGAGAACAAGAACCAAUGUUGACCUGGAAAUGUGUUCAAUCUGUCGUCACAAAACGAUCCGUGUCGAGAGCGAAUACACUCUUGAGAUUAACUGCUGUCUUAACUUUAACGACGAGAGAAAGAUCAUGUUACACUUCUGUCUGCUGUGUGUGAGGACGUCCUAACGCUGUGUGUUCUGUCUACAGCGACGAAGUGGUGGAAGCUUCGAGGUCGACGAAGUGAUAGAAGAGAUAAGGAAAUUUUGGAUGAGAAACGUUCUGUGGUCUCUGGGAACGAGCUGUUGAGAACGAGCAAAAUGACUUCUGUCGAGAUGAGGAAUAGACUCUGUCGAUUUGUCAGAGGGAUAGAGAGAGAUCAUGCUUCUCGUUAUCUGUCGAGUCAGAUAGAGAGAUGCUUAUCUGUCGAGUCAUGAGUGUUCACCUUAUUUCAAAAGUAUCUUUGUAAUCUUCAAGAGACUGUCGUCUUCGCCUUCGUGUUGUGUGCCCUCUCCUUGAGAAGGUUAGUUGUAUACUCUGCCACUCAUCUAUAGAUCUUCAAGUCCAACAAUUAUUACAUCUUUGACCUCCACGUCCACCAUCACCUUAUACAUAUAUAUUAACUAAAAAUGGUUGUUCCAUAUAUAUUAACAAUGUUGAUGUUCGUCUACUCAUUCUCCACCUUUUUACAGGCAAGUGCACAUAUCUGAGACUCAGAACUGGUUUCCCAAGGUUUCAAUCCUUGUUUUACUAGCCGUCAACUUCCUCUUUCACCCCUUAUAUCGUCUCUACUUCAUAGAAUUAGAAGACGAGUUAGAGAGGAUUACUAGUACUACACCAAAAAUAUAAUUGUACGUCUCCCAUCGUCAUCAGUUUCGAAACUAGGUUCAACUUCAAGUUGUUAAAGUUUUCCUGUACUAUAGGAAAUAUUUGGAAAGCGAAUAAGAACUUCUAGCUGCUACCUAGCUACCUGGCUUCUUUCAAGAAGAUUAACAAGAACCCUCUCUCCCAAUUUGGUCAAAAUGAUGAACUUUGCGACGUUCGCGGCUUCGGCCGUUGCGGUGAUCCUCAGCUUUGUGACCCUGUUCGCAGGCAACCAAAUGGAUGGUACUAAUAUUUAGAUUAUUUAGUAGUUCUAGUACUACCAACAACUAGAAACAACUUCUAGAUAUUACAGGUCUUCCUUCUUGUACUACUUGCUGCUGAAAAUCCGUUCUAGACUGAGCUCCUGCUAGCUCAUACUUCUACAACUUGUGCUACUAGAAGCUCUUGUGCUUUGCACCCCCUUCCCUUUUCGAAAACGAUUCGCAGGCAAUCAAUUGGAUAUUACUACUCCUACUACUAGAUACAACUACUUCUACUGCUAGAUACUACUUCUACUCCUAGAUAAUUCUACUACUCGUCGUCUUCCCGGUACCCCCCUUCCCUUGACAACUUCUCUUCGGAUGACCAAAUAACUUCUCUUCGUUACAAUCAAACGCGUCCCUUUUCGAACAUGAUUGUCAGGUAUGGCCAUGGGCGAAGUUGAGAAUACCGUGAGCGUGACUAUUCCGGUAGGGACAGUGAAGUCUAGCAUGGUCUACGUCUUCGGUUUGCACGGGACGAAGAUUACAACGACCUCGACAGGUGAGCCAGUGACGACAGUGCAAAUGACGUGGGAAGACCUUGCAAAAACGGACGGAACCGGCGAUGUGGACAACGUUUUCAAGAACGCCUGCCCUGCCGCUUCCCACUUGACAAAUGCCACUUUGGUGCUCAUGAUGAUCGCCGCAAUUGUUUGCUCUGCCAUUGCCGCUCUUGGACCCUCUGUGCCGCAAGGAGGCUUGAUCGCGCUCGGCGUUGGAGGCGUCGUCGGAUUCUUGUCCCUCAUCGCAGCAAUUGUCUAUCCAGUCACUUGCCCAAAUGAAAUCGCAUCGCUUUUUGAAGACGCUCCUAACCCCACUCCGGGGGCCUCCAAGGAGGUUUCGACAUCGAUUGGGGCGGCCUGGUAAUGCUUGUUUGAUAAUAGAGUAGUUUAUAGAACGGAUGUAGGAUGGACUUGGAUGGAUCGGAUGGACCCCCCUGAUUCUUCCGAUCCUACUUGAAAUGGUGGGAAACUCCAUCCGUUCCAUCCGAUCCAUCCCAUUCCGGAUCUGGCACCCCUAUAAAUUACGCAUCUAUCCUGGAAGACGCUACUAACCCCACUCCGGUCUUGGCAUACACAAAGAAAAAACUUAUCCUUAUGUGACCCCGUGAAAUCUGAAAUCAUCCACAGGGUCUUGCAUUUCCUUGCGCUUAUCGCCACGGUCGCUGCCGCGGUUUGCGCGUUCAUGCAUGUGAAGAGCCUGGGCGCUGCUCCCGCUGUCGUCCAAGGAGUUAUGAAGAAGGCCGAAGGCGAGGCGGCUGCUGCGGCUGAUGCCGGCAAGGAAGCUGCUGGCGAAGAGGCAGCAGCUGCGGCGGAUGCCGGCAAGGAAGCUGCUGGUGAAGAGGCAGCAGCUGCGGCUGAUGCAGGCAAGGAGGCUGUUGGUGAAGAGGCAGCAGCUGCAGCGGACGUUGUUGUCGAAAUGCAAGAAAAGGUAUAA